UUUUUUUCUUCUUUUUUUGUUCUCUAAACAACUAAAAAUAAUCACAAAUUCGAUUUUCGUACAUGUGAGAGAGAGAGAGAACACACACUUCAUAUAUACACAUACACAAUGUUCACCCUACGACUUCAUCACCUUUUUACCUCAAGAGCAUUAUUUUUUGUUUCGUCUUAUUCCCCAACUAUUUACUAUUACACCAUUGAUGUUUUUAAAAUAUGCUUUGUGUGUUUGUGUCAGUCAACUACCACCACUUUUCAGAUGCACCAAAAAAAGCCGUCCAUAGGGACAGGAGCCAUAGGGACAGAGUAUUCGCCGUUGGAAUAGGGUCCCUAUCAGGGCUGCACGCAAUUGAAUCUC